UUAAUAGAAACUGUUUUUAUCAGUUCUUUAAGCUCUUCCAUCAAAUUGCUCUGCUGGAAAACCUUUUCUGUAAAGAUAUCUUUGAAGAGAGAUAUCUCUUGCAGUUUUCUUCCCUUUCAUUCCAUUUGCAAGACUAAGGAUCUAUUCUUCAAUUCAACAUAGGUGGUCAUUGCAGUAGGAAUACUUCAGACAUGGCUCAAAUUUUGAUCCAUGGAACACUUCAUGUCACCAUUUUUGAGGUGGAUAAGCUGCACUUGGGAGGUGGCCCAAAUUUCAUUAUCAGGCUUGUGGAGAAGAUAGAAGAUAACAUUGGACUUGGCAAAGGGACUAGCAGACUAUAUGCAACAAUUGAUAUAGGAAAAGCUAGAGUUGGCCGGACACGUAUGCUGAAUCGCGAACAUGUCAAUCCUCGAUGGUAUGAAUCUUUUCACAUUUACUGUGCUCAUAUGGCUUCCCAUAUUAUCUUCACUGUUAAAGAUGAUAAUCCCAUUGGUGCAACACUAAUAGGAAGAGCUUAUGUACCUGUUAAGGACAUCAUUGGUGGGAAAGAAAUAGAUAGAUGGGUUGAGAUCAUAUAUGAAAAUCAUCAACCAAUUCAUGGGCAUUCAAAGAUCCAUGUAAAGCUUCAAUAUUUUCCUGCUAAAAAGGAACUCAAUUGGUCUAGGGGAAUAAAAAGUCCAAAGUUCCCUGGUGUCCCUUUCACAUUCUUCUCACAAAGACAAGGAUGCAGAGUUACUCUCUACCAAGAUGCACAUAUCCCAGACAACUUCAUUCCCAAAAUCCCUCUUUCAGGGGGCAAAUACUAUGAACCACAUAGAUGCUGGGAAGAUAUUUUUGAUGCAAUAACAAAUGCAAAACAUUUGAUUUAUAUUGCUGGGUGGUCUGUAUAUACUAAGAUUACCUUAGUAAGGGAUUUGAACCGGCCAAAGCCUGGAGGAGACAUUACUCUUGGGGAGCUGCUCAAGAGGAAGGCUAGUGAAGGUGUCAGGGUUCUUAUGCUUGUUUGGCAUGACAUUUCCUCCCUUAUGCAAACUCAUGAUAAAGAAACUGAAGCGUACUUUCGAGGCAGCGAUGUUCACUGUGUUUUAUGUGGCCGCGAACCUGAUGUUGGGGAUAGCUUUGUUCAGGCUGUUGAGAUAUCCACAAUGUUUACUCAUCACCAAAAGAUUCUGAUUGUAGAUUGUGAGAUGCCCAACAACAGAGCAUCAGCAGAACAGAGGAGAAUUGUGAGUUUUGUUGGUGGUAUUGAUCUUUGUGAUGGGAGAUAUGAUACACCAUCACAUUCCCUUUUCAGGACAUUGAACACAGUUCACCAUGAUGAUUUCCAUCAGCCCAACUUCAAUGGUUCUUCAAUCUAUAAAGGUGGUCCAAGAGAACCCUGGCAUGAUCUUCAUUGCAGGCUAGAAGGACCCAUAGCAUGGGAUGUUCUAUAUAAUUUUGAACAGAGAUGGUGGAAGCAAGGUGGGAGAAAUUUUCUUGUUCAGCUCAAUGAUCUUCAAGACAUUUUUAUACCCCCAUCUCCAGUUAUGUUCCCAGAGGACCACGAAACAUGGAAUGUUCAGCUAUUUCGGUCCAUCGAUGGAGGUGCUGCUUUUGGCUUUCCUGCAACACCAGAGGAUGCUGCAAGAGCAGGACUUGUUAGCGGAAAAGACAACACCAUCGACCGAAGUAUUCAGGAUGCCUAUAUAAAUGCCAUUAGAAGAGCAAAGCAUUUCAUCUACAUUGAAAAUCAAUAUUUCCUGGGAAGUUCAUUCUCUUGGAAGCCAGACCAUGACAUCAAGGUUGAAGAUAUCGGUGCCUUGCAUCUCAUUCCAAAAGAAAUCUCGCUAAAGAUUGUGAGUAAGAUUGAAGCAGGUGAAAGGUUUGUGGCUUAUAUUGUUGUUCCUAUGUGGCCAGAAGGUAUUCCAGAGAGUGAGAGUGUCCAGCCACUUUUAGAUUGGCAGAGGAGGACAAUGGAGAUGAUGUACACUGAUAUCACUCAAGCCCUCCAUGCUAAGGGGCUUGAGGCAGACCCAAGGGAGUACUUAACUUUCUUUUGCCUUGGCAAUAGGGAGAUGAAGAGGAAUGGUGAUUAUAUACCUCCACAGAAACCAGAGAAUGGUACAGAUUAUAGUAGAGCACAGCAGUCACGCCGCUUCAUGAUCUAUGUUCAUGCAAAGAUGAUGAUAGUUGAUGAUGAAUACAUAAUAAUUGGAUCUGCAAACCUAAAUCAGAGAUCAAUGGAUGGUGGCAGAGACUCAGAGAUCGCCAUGGGAGCUUAUCAACCUUACCAACUAGCAACCAAGCAACCUGCAAGAGGUCAGAUCCAUGGCUUCCGGAUGGCAUUGUGGUAUGAACAUCUUGGCAAGCUUGACAAUGGGUUUCUCCAUCCAGAGAGUUUGGAAUGUGCACAGAAGGUGAACAGGAUCGCCGACAAGUACUGGGAUCUUUACUCGUCUGAUGAUCUAGACCAUGACUUGCCAGGCCACCUGCUUAGGUACCCAAUUCAAGUUACUCGAAAUGGAGGAGUCACAACACUUCCAGGUUUUGAUUGUUUCCCUGACACCAAGGCCCGCAUUCUUGGUACCAAAUCUGCAAUAGUUCCCCCAUUCCUCACUACAUAAUAGGAUUGUUCAAAUGUAUAG